AUGAAUCUGACCGAGAUGAAUAAGGCGGGAAAACUUGAAACAAACAGCAAAAACUCGCUGGAGAAGAGCACUACCAUACUGCUUGGUGUGCUGUUAGCCGUUGGAACUGCUCGGGCCGAUAUUUCUACGCUACUGCGUGGGGGUUACUCCAGCAACAAUAUCCUGCAGGACGAUGGAUACCAUUACGACAAACCAAAAGUACCGUUUGAGGAGCCAACCACACCUCGCAAGUGUGCGGUAACGGAUCAAAAUCCGGAUGGAAGCUGUGGUUAUGAUUAUCCAAAGCCAGAUCAAUCCUUUACACUGCCCAAUGAGUAUCUUCCACCAACGACAACGGUAAGGCGAGAAGUUUAGAUAGCAGCUUUGGCACUGAUUACGACACGUAGGACAACAACCACUACACGUCCAACGACGACCACAACGAGAAGAACGACCACUACGACGCGUCCGACUACAACGACUACUCGUCGUACUACUCCUGUGCAGGAGUAUCUCCCGCCGAGCACUACCCGUCGGACGACAACAACUACCCGUCCCACAACAACGACCACCCGCCGCACAACCACCACCACACGGCCCACGACAACAACGCGGAGAACAACUACGCCGCGUGUCGUAACUACGACCAAAUGUCCACCGUCCGCACAGAAUCCUGAUGGCAGCUGUGGCUAUGAUUAUCCUAAACCGGAUCAAUCAUUCACACUGCCGAACCGUGUGUCCACAACGACCACCACUCGUAGGACAACGCCACCACAAGAAUAUCUUCCUCCUACGACCACAACGAGACGUACAACGACUACCACUCGUCCGACAACAACGACAACACGAAGAACCACCACAACGACGCGUCCCACGACCACAACAACGAGACGCACCACAACGACCACCAAGUGUCCACCAUCGGCCCAGAACCCUGAUGGAAGCUGUGGCUACGACUAUCCGAAGCCAGAUCAGUCCUUCACCCUUCCGAAUCGUGUUUCCACCACUACGCCAAGACCAACGACAACAACCCGUAGGACGACAACCACCACAAGGCCAACAACGACGACCACGCGUCGUACGACAACCACCACCCGGCCAACAACGAGAACAACGCAACGGAUAGUGACGACGACCAAGUGUGCUCCUUCCGCCCAGAAUCCGGACGGAAGCUGCGGUUAUGAUUAUCCCAAACCUGAUCAAUCUUUCACGCUGCCGAAUCGGGUAUCCACUACAACGCCCCGACCGACAACGACUACUCGUCGUACAACUACAACUCGUAGAACAACGCCACCUCAGGAAUAUCUACCUCCUACGACAACUACCCGGCGAACAACGACACGGCCCACAACAACCACAACUCGUCGCACAACCACCACCACACGGCCCACGACAACAACCCGUCGAACAACUACACCGCGGAUUGUAACGACCACAAAAUGUGCUCCUUCCGAUCAGAAUCCUGAUGGCAGCUGUGGCUAUGACUAUCCUAAACCGGAUCAAUCAUUCACACUGCCGAACCGUGUGUCCACAACGACCACCACUCGUAGGACAACGCCACCACAAGAAUAUCUUCCUCCUACAACCACAACGAGACGUACAACGACUACCACUCGUCCGACAACAACGACAACUCGUCGCACUACCACAACAACACGCCCAACAACUACAACAACACGAAGAACAACAACGCGUCCCGUUGCAACGACGACGAAGUGUGCUCCUUCGGCACAGAAUCCCGAUGGAAGCUGUGGCUAUGAUUAUCCCAAACCGGAUCAAUCAUUUACGCUGCCCAAUAGAGUUUCUACAACUACUACCCGACGGCCCACAACGACGACCACCCGUCGCACGACGACUACCACACGGAGAACCACACCGGCACAAGAAUAUCUUCCCCCGACAACAACCACACGCCGAACAACGACACGGCCAACAACAACUACUACACGGCGUACAACGACCACAACACGCCCAACCACUACGACAACAAGAAGAACGACAACUACUACGCGGCCAACGACUAGAACGACACAGCGCAUCGUAACGACCACGAAGUGUGCUCCAUCUGCUCAGAAUCCCGAUGGUAGCUGUGGAUACGAUUACCCGAAACCGGAUCAAUCUUUCACGCUGCCUAAUCGUGUAUCGACAACAACACCCAGACCAACCACUACAACCCGUCGUACUACAACGACAACACGAAGAACUACACCUGCUCAGGAAUAUCUUCCUCCGAGUACAACAACUCGUCGUACGACAACUACAACCAGGCCAACAACUACCACGCGACGUACAACUACUACUACUCGUCCAACGACAACGACCACCAGAAGAACGACAACUACAACAAGGCCCACAACAAGGACGACGCAAAGAAUCGUAACCACAACGAAGUGUCCACUGUCGCAACAGAAUCCCGAUGGAAGCUGUGGAUAUGAUUAUCCGAAACCGGAUCAGUCGUUUACCUUGCCCAAUCGAGUGUCUACCACUACCACAAGACGGCCAACUACGACAACACGACUUACCACGACAACUACUCGCCGAACAACACCGGCACAGGAGUAUCUACCUCCGACGACCACUACACGUCGUCCAACGACAACGACAACCCGCCCAACAACUACGACCACACGCCGGACAACCACCACCACAAGGCCCACAACCACCACCAGAUUGACGACUACUACCCGUAGAACGACAACCAGACCUCCAGUAGUAACCACAAAGUGUCCUGUGUCGGCCCAAAAUCCUGACGGAAGCUGUGGAUACGACUAUCCGAGGCCGGAUCAGUCAUUUACCUUGCCAAACCGUGUAUCUACAACCACGCCACGAACAACAACGACUACACGCCGGACGACUCCAGCUCAGGAAUAUCUACCACCAACGACUACAACUACUACCCGUAGACCAACAACGACCACAACGACACGUCGUACAACAACCACUACUCGUCCUACGACAACGACCACACGGAGAACGACACCAGCUGUGGAGUACCUACCACCAACGACUACAACGCGGCGUACAACAACCACCAAGCGUCCAACGACAACAACCACACGCCGCACAACAACAACCACCAGGCCAACUACGACUACGCGCGUAGUGACAACGACUAAAUGUCCACUGUCCGCACAGAAUCCUGAUGGAAGCUGUGGAUACGAUUAUCCCAAACCUGAUGAAUCCUUUACGCUACCGAAUCGUGUCUCAACAACCACCACACCGAGACCUACGACGACUACACGACGCACAACGACCACAACAAGAACAACUACAACAACACGCCGUACAACACCGCCCCAGGAAUACCUUCCACCAUCGACCACAACGAGACGCACAACAACCACCACACGACCCACCACUACGACGACGACACCUCGGCCAACUACGACAACGGUGAAGGGUUGCAGCGAAUCGGAGCUCAAUCCGGACGGUACCUGCGGUUAUGAUUAUCCGAAACCGUCCAACCCACUCACACUGCCACCAAAGAUUCCGACCACCACCGUCCGGACAACGCUCGCGCCCGAAUAUCUGCCACCGGAGGAAACGACCGGCUAUGCUUACCCUAAGCCAGCCAUACCGUUUAACUUCUAG